CCAGCCCCGCGUGACUGCAUGCAUCCACGAUACGGAGAUGCUGCAGCGUCUGCGCUCCUCCCUGUGUCGGGUGCUCGCCCGUGGCUCAGCAUUCGGACCUCCAGGGCUCGCCACGCGGAACAGCAGCCCCGGGCUUGUAGGAUUCGCCGUGCGCCACGUGUCGCCGCUGCGCCACGCAUUCCCACGCUCCCGCAGCUUCGUCAUGGCCUGCUUGUCCCGGGCAACAGCAGCCCUGGCCCGCCAGGACUGCAGUAAUGGAUGCCCAGCGCCCUUUGCUGGAGAAAGAGGACCAGAAGUGGCCGAGACUUUCAGGGCCAAAGACCUCAUCGUCACCCCAGCCACCGAGUUAAAGGAAAAGCCAGACCCCGACUCGCUGGUGUUUGGAACUGUGUUUACCGAUCACAUGCUGACGGUGGAGUGGUCCUCGGCGUCUGGAUGGGAGAAACCUCACAUUAAGCCCUUUGAAAACUUGUCUAUCCAUCCCGCCGCCUCAGCUUUGCACUACGGCGUGGAACUCUUUGAAGGCUUGAAGGCUUUUCGGGGAGUGGAUAACAAGAUCCGGUUGUUUCGACCAAACCUCAACAUGAAGAGAAUGUACCGAUCUGCCGUGAGGACCACUUUGCCGGUGUUUGACGAGGAGGAGCUUCUAGAAUGCAUUCUGCAGCUCAUCCAGAUCGACCAAGAGUGGGUCCCCUACUCCACCUCUGCCAGUCUCUACAUCCGUCCCACGUUUAUCGGAACCGAGCCGUCUCUUGGAAUCAAGAAGCCAUCCAAAGCCCAGCUCUUUGUGAUCCUGAGCCCUGUGGGAUCCUAUUUUUCUGGUGGAACAUUUAAUCCAGUGUCACUGUGGGCCAAUCCAAAAUAUGUCAGAGCCUGGGAAGGUGGAACUGGGGACUGCAAGAUGGGCGGCAAUUACGGGGCAUCGCUUUUGGCGCAGUGUGAGGCAGCGGAGAACGGCUGUCAGCAGGUCCUCUGGCUGUAUGGCAAGGACGACCAGAUAACUGAAGUGGGCACCAUGAAUCUGUUCCUCUACUGGAUAAAUGAAGAUGGAGAAGAAGAGCUGGCGACGCCUCCGCUAGAUGGCAUCAUUCUCCCAGGUGUGACGAGGCAGAGUAUCAUCGAGCUGGCACGGCAGUGGGGUGAGUUUAAGGUGUGCGAGAGGUACCUCACCAUGAAUGAUCUGACCACCGCCCUGGCGGGGAACAGAGUGAAGGAGAUGUUCGGUUCAGGGACGGCCGGCAUUGUCUGUCCAAUCUCAGGAGUUCUGUACAAAGGCCAGAUGCUGCACAUCCCAACAAUGGAGAAUGGGCCCAAGCUUGCAAGCCGCAUCUUGGAAAAGUUGACCGAUAUCCAGUACGGAAGGGAAGAGAGUGACUGGACCAUCGUGUUACCCUGAUGGAAAAUCUCAGUGGGUCGGUGGUGUGCCACAGAAGACAGACCUCUGCCCCGAACCGUGACCGCCUGUUUAGUUUUGUAUGUUAGAGCUGCAGUGUUCGUGUGUUACCGAGUUGAGGUUUCUCCUUGAGCCACAGGAAGCUGUUGGUACAGAUGUCACCCGUAAACGCGGUAGCGACUGCUUAUUGUCGCUUUCUCUACCGGAGCUUUCUCUGAGAAGAUAUGGAUGCCUCCCUUUGUCCUGCACAAGAUCCAAGUGUCUGUUCGUUAGCAGAAGGUAGCGUUCCUCCAACCAAUGAGAUGUCUGUCUGUGUGGAAGGACAACUGAGGACAUUUCACAGGUGGUGUCCCUCUGGCUCGUGGGUAGCCUGGGGAACACUCAGAGCACGGCCUUCUGUUAUUGUUGCCUGGUGAGGUUUUUGGGUUUUGUUGAGAGUUGAACUCCCUAGGUAGCCCUGGCUGGCCUGGUAUUCCCUGAUGUCUGCCCAGGCUGAUCUCAGACUCAACCCAGUCCUCCUGCCUCCACCUUCUGAAGCCGGGUGACGGCUGGGCACUGUCAUGUCUUGAUUUGUUUUUUGUUUUUUUGAGUCAAAAAUGUAGUCACCUGGAUUUCUUCCCUCCGUGCUUUUGUAGGUCCUUAAGUCCAAGCUAAGGAGGAACUGCCCCUCCUCGGUAUCAUGGUCUGUGUAGUUUCACCUGGGGUCUCUGAGGCUCAAGCUCAUUGCCCCCACCGCCUUUUAUAUAGUAUUAUAACUGCCUGCUCACCGUGCUGCUAUGGGCUGGGGCCCUAUGCCUUCUAGGUGGUUGUAUCCUCAAAGCCCAGCACAUGGUAGGUAGGUGUUCCGUAUGUAUUUACUAUAAAAAGAAGCACAGACAUAUACUUCCUGUCUCCAUGCUGGAACCCUUUUGGAAGCCAUCCCCGAUUCUGGAAGCACACCGCAGUAUCACCUCACACUGUCCUUCUUGCCCACUGACUCCUACAUCAUGGUCGGUUGGGAGAAUUAUCUUACUGUUUAAGGUUAUCUUGGAACUGAAGUGAUUGCCCCAGACAGAAUUCAUGAAAAAGUGCCAACCACAUGAAAAUUACAAUGCUGUACAUUCAGUAUUAAAUGCCAAACAGAAGGGUAGGUAGGGAGAUGCUCUAGGUUUUGAUCUUCAUCUAUAUUUUGUGCCAUUCUCUUGGGUGAGCAUUAAUGAGCCACCUGGCUGGGUAGCAGAAUAAUUCCAGACAGUGUUUUCCGUGUUUAGGGACUGUGAGUGGAAAGGUCUUUCAUUUCCCGUUUUACCCAGGAGAGAGUCCUUCGCAGUCUGCACACUGCUACUCCAGUUCCUUGGGGAAGGGCAGCAGAUUUGGAAAUUGUGGAGCUUACAGCUAAUAUGUGCACCAUGUUCCCACUCCCUAUGGCUGGUUUCACAGGGGCCUGGCAGUUACCCACAGGAUUGAUAACAGGAUGGAGAUAACUCUUAGUUCCCAUGGCUCUCGUACCUUUUUCACAAAUGCAGGGCUUCUUUCCGUUCUCCACAGAUUAAAAUCACGUCUCCAAGAAGACCUGAGGUGAUGAGGCAGGAGGAUUUCUGUGAGUUCUGGGCCAGUCUGAGCUACAGACUGAGUCCCAGUAUAACCCGGACUACAGGCUGACCCCCUCUUUCUAUCUAAUGUAAUUAAUAAGCUCCAGACACUAAGAAGGCUGAGGUAGGAGGCUGUGAACUCAAUCUCCAUUCAGUCCUGGAAGCAUACCAAGACCAUCUGAAGGUUAAACUAGUCAGCUUCCGUAUCCUCUGCACACCCAUAGAUCUUUCUCUGUUGACGUCCGGUCAGGAAUGCUCCCACGCAUGUCUGGGCAGCCAUAGCUACACAGAGGAAGCCUGAGUUACACAGGCCCAGGAUUUGUGCUCCAUUGCCACCACACCUGAUGGUGGUGUUGCGGAGAGCAAAUAGUACUGCAAGUUUUGAUAUCGGAGAUUAUGGGAGGGAACAGCUGAACAACAGUGUCUCAGCAUCAGCACAGGGUCCACAUCACUGCAAGGCCCAGCAUCUUUCUUAAGCAGACAGAAAGAAAGAGGCAUUGUGAGCAAGGCUCAGCUUUCAGGGAACAUGGUCAGAAGGCCUUGAAGGGACUUAAAGGGACGGUAGUAUAAAGAUGGUGACAGGGAGGACACUGGGUGAAGGAAAUUUUCCUUCUUUGAAGGGUUUAUAGAAGCACAAUGACGCACUCAGAGGUGGCUUGGUUGUGCCACGGCCGUCUUGAGUGCAGCGCUCUAUGUUUGUGUUAAGAAGCCAAGGUGGUUGUAUUCUGCAACAGAUAAAUUCCUCAUUGUUGGCAGGUUCUUCAGAUCUGUGAUUAUGCACACUUUGCUGCUGUCAAUAAAACAACUGAAAAACA